GCUGGUUUGAUUGCUAGCCAUGCAGAUUUUGUUGGAAGGAGGCUCAUCUGUUGACAUUCCAGACAUCACAGGACAAACAAUUGUUCAUUUUGCUGCUGCUGAGAAUAUGCCUUCCCAAAUUCUUAUUCCUCUUCUCAGGAAAUGUAACACCAAUGAAUUGUCUGUAGCUGCAGUUCAUGAUCUGAUGGCAACUGAUUGUUUAGAUGUUGAGUUGCUUGUUGCUGUUUGCCGGUCCGAUGUUGAUUUGCUGUCAUCUAGGGAGACUAACGUUACAGCAAUGCAUCGUAUGGUAGGGAAGUGUCGACCAACUGAUGCUCGUCUCGUUCACACUUUGGCAAGUGAGCGAUCACGUGAUUUUGAUACAAUUAAAGACGAUCUGCUCUUUCAUGCUUGUGUCCAUGGGAGUAAAGAAACACUGCAAGCAUUGCUGCAGCUCGGUGCCUCUGUUGCUGUUAGAGGCAAUGAGUUUGAAUUACCAUCAUUACUUCUUGCUGCCAGCAGUGCUACUGAUGAGGAAGCAGUUGAGAAAGUUAACGUUUUGGUAGCUAAUGGAGCUGACCUGCAUAUGACUAGUAGCAAUGGUCAAAAUUUGUGUCACAUAGCAGCAAUCUUGUGUCACUCAAAGCUUCUAGAGCUUGCAAUUGCUGCAAGAGUCGAUCACACAUAUCGAGAUAAAGAGGGAAGCACUCCACUCCAUUAUGCUUGUGCUGCUCCAGGCAAUGGUGCUGUCAUUUCUCUCUUGAUUGAUGCUGGACUAGAUGUGAAUGAACUGAAUUCAGAUGGUCUCACACCUCUCAACCUCAGCAUCAGAUCCCAGAAUGUCGACAAUAUCUCAUCUCUUAUUAAAGCUACAGUUGACAUUACUAUGUCUGGAUUGGAAGAUUGCCAAUUUCAUGACUUGACGAUAUUAGCUCAACCUGAGGUCAUCAGGGCCUCGCCCAAGCCAUUGGAGUAUGCUCUCAUACUGAGCUCUUUCUACGAAUGUAUGGCAAAAGGACAAAGGAGAUCGAAAGAGAGCUACAUGUCAUUGUCUGUGGAGACUUGCACUACAUGGAAGUAUCAUUGA